AUGGGACGUCAUUCCACUGACAGUGACGACGAAAAAAUUGGUAAUUCAUCCAUAAAACGAGACGACGGCGAUAGUGGACCAGGUUCAGAUUCUGAUCUCGAUGAAGAAGAAUAUAUUGUUGAAAAAAUUCUCAAGAUGCGUACUAUAAAAAAAGGCAAAGUUGAAUAUUUUCUUAAAUGGAAAGGUUAUCCACAUACUCAAAACACAUGGGAACCUGCAGAACAUCUUGAUUGUCCUGAAUUAAUAGCUGCUUUUUUGGCUGAACAAAAAGAAAAAGACAAGCGCGAAGCAUCAUCGUCGAGAACCGAUGAAAAUUCCAAUAGAAAACGAUCUUCUAGUACGAGUGGUAGUACUAAUCAUAAUCACAAUAGUCAUCAUAAUUCUCAUCAUAACAAUCAUCACAAUAGCAAUAAUAAUAACAAUGAUACUGCGAAAACUGCAAAUUCUAAUGCUACAACUACGAAUAAUGCCAAUACUCCUUCGGCUAAUACUCCUUCGGCUAAUACUGCUUCAGCUAAUACUGCUUCAGCUAAUACUGCUUCAGCUAAUACUCCUUCAGCUAACAUUAUUAAUACUAAUAUUACGACAAAUAAUAAUAAAAGCAAUUCAGAUGGCGAUAAGAAUAAUAAUAAUACGUCGUCAGCAAAACGACCUCGUAUUGAAUACGAACAAACAGGUUACGCUCGUGGUCUUCAGCCGGAUGCUUUCUUGGGUGCAACGGAUAUUUAUGAUGAAGAAUUAAUGUUUCUAGUAAAAUGGCAAGGUGUUAGUAAAGCUGAACUUGUUCCAUCUCGUAUAGUGAAUAAAGAAUCUCCACAAAUGGUUAUUAAAUUUUACGAAGAACGUUUAACAUGGAAUGCGACAAAUAACAGUUUACAUGAUAAUAAAAAAGCUUAA